AUGACAACCCAGUACAUUUUAGGAAUCAUCAGCAAUCCGAUAGCUGCCGAGUUUUGCGCUAGCACACUGCGGUGGCCUGCUGUGUUCUAUAGUUCAGCUAAUUCCAAAUGGAUAAGCGAUCACGAAGUGAAAUACCUGCAGCAUCAUUUACCGAAGAAACACGUCAAAACUGAGAAAAAGGUGAUUCCAUGGCUUGCGAUGGCUCGCUCAGCUCCACUGCUUGUCGUUUUCUAUUCGGGCAUCGUAGUAAAUAUGAUGAUCGCCAUGAUACUCGUAUAUAUACCCGUCUAUUUCAAGGAUGUUCUGUUUCUUGAAGUGAAGCAGGUGAGUGAUUGGGCUUCUGAUUACUGUACUGAGGCGGAGCCGAUGUAG